AUGAAAAUGACUUUUUUAUAACACAUAUUGAUUUCGUGUACAAAUUAAUGUGAUGGUUUGGAAUUAACAUUUGAUUGUGAAACAGGUUAUGAAGAAGUUGGAUUGAGAAUAAUCGAUUAAUUUAACGAUCUUUAUGGGAACUAGCUAAACUUUAAAAUAACACAUAAUAGAAUUAUAAAGAGGGAAAAUUUAACCUUAUCGAAAAAAAUGAUUAUCACCAUUAACAAGGUUUAUAAAUUUGAUUCCUCUUGUAUCAAAAUGAAGAAAAUGAAAUUAUUAAGAAUAAUUAGUGAUUAUUAGUACCCUUUCAAUAUUUCUUUAUCUUACAAGUAAGUAUGAUUAAGAUUUUUUAAGCAAGCAUGAAUUUUGCAAGCUAAUGAUAUCAGCUACUUAAAAUAGUAUAUUUAAUAUUGUGACUUAUAUUUAUUACUUAAUUGAUAAGCAGAUUAAAGUAUACAAAAUUAUAAAUAAAUAAAAUAAAGUUUUUGGAUAAGUUUUAUAUUUCAUAAGAUAUUAUUAAUUUAAUUUAUAGAGAGAAUUGUUUGAAAUAAAAUUUUUCAAUAGGUAUUUCGACAAUUUCUAAUGA